AUGUUGCUCACACUGGCCCUGACCACUUUUGUGGUCGGGGCUUCUUAUGCCUUUAUUCGAUAUAACGAUGUGCCUAGCAAAUUCUUCGCGUACAAAAAGAAUGUCAUGGAAUUUGUAAGUUAAUAUUUCUUUUCUUCCAACAACAUAGUUUUUUUAGCUAAAAUUUCUAUUACUGGGUUUUUUUCAGGACUACGCAGGCUAUUGCCGUAAAUUAAAAUAUCUUUUCCAAUAUAUGUGGCCACAAGACAACCGAGUUCGACUCAAAGUUGUGGCUUGUUUUGUAUUGAUGAUGAUUGAGCGAAUUUUAAAUGUGCUCGUCCCACUUCUUGGAAAAAUGAUAAGUCAGUAAUAAUUAGCUCUCAAAAGUAUAUUUGCGAUUUUCCCACAGAAUAUUUGAGAAAUCUAAAUACUAAUUAAAUUGCUUUUUAGUCGAUCAACAGCCCCAAAAUUCGCAUUUUCUUUGGGACUUGGCAUCGAUGACAUUUGGAUACCUCUGCUUGCAAGGAAAUGGAUGUAAGCUUUAUUCUUCACCUAUACUGGUCAAAAAUUUUUCCCACCUGAAACGAAAUCCUUUGGCCGAGGAUCUUGAAACAAACUUUCUGAUUCGUUUGAACACCAUACCCUAAAAAUCGCCUCGGCGACCUACAUGACCUAAAAUAGAUCAUUUUUUGGUCAGAUAGGGGGAAGAAGGCAAUUUUUCGAAAAUCAGAUGCCUGCAUUGACUUCACGUUUUGCAGGAACCAUGUUUUUAAGCACAUUGUCUUUACUCUAGAAGUUUCAGACGUCGUCCAAGUCUUCAGCGGCCUCCAGAGAACCAUUUAUAACUCCGUCAGAAAUUUUAUGUCCUCUCAAAUCAAAGUCGACAUCUACAAGCAUCUCCUCCGUAUGCCGUAUUCAUGGUACAUGAAGUCAAAAGACGAAGAUCCAGUUAGCAUUUUCUAUGCAAGUGUCGGUCGAUUCGAACAUUUCCCAGAAUAUAUACUUUUUAACCUCACCGGCUCAAUCGCAGAUGCUUUCCUCGGAUUUGCCGUUUUCGCGUCCACUUUUGACUUCCAAUUGACAGUGAUGAUGUCUGCAAUAGCCAUUGCCUAUUUCGGUAAGACGGGUUUUGAGCUCGUCAUGUCGAUAACCAUCUUUUUAGUCUUCAACCGUUACAUUUACUUCUGGGGCCAGGUUUCAUUCGAAGCCAAAGACGAUGAGGAUGAAGAUACAGAUGAGGAGCUAAACUCUUAUGUUUUGUGUCAGGAUGCUCUUGAAAACUUCGAAACUGUGAAAUACUUCUGUGCCGAAGACAUGGAACAAGAACGAUUUGAGAGGGCCAUAAAACAGUGAGUUUUUUAUGGUCAUCAAACUUCCGUAAACCGAAUCCCCUAUCUGAUGCAAGCCUUUUCCUUUUUAGAGAAGAUACUGGCUAUCUAAAGACACAAGGCUUCGACGAGUUCAGAUCCACAUUCAUCCAACUAUUCAACGACUCUUUGAUGAUGCUUGGCGCGUUCUUGAUGGCCUAUCAACGGUCUUACGACGAGAAUUCGACCCUCACAACAGGAGACUAUGUUCUUUUUACUUCAUUCUUCCACAAAUUCACACAGCCCUUCUACGAUAUCGAUAAUUUUAUCAACCAACUCAGAGCUUCUGCAGGGGAAGCUGAUGCGGUUAUAGAACUUCUGGCUCAACCUGAGGAAAACUUUGGCUCCAAAUUGAAGAAUGUCAAAAUUUAUGGCGGACUGAAGGUAGACAACGUCUGUUUUUCCUAUCCAGAAGGGGAGGAAGUUUUGCACAAAGUAAGCUUCGAAGUGCCGGAGGGCAAAACAGUGGCUUUGGUAGGACCGACAGGAAGUGGAAAGUCGACACUGAUUCGGCUAUUAUAUCGGUUUCUGGAGCCAACCGAGGGAGCUAUUCGGAUCAACGGCACGGAUAUCAGAGACCACGACAUCUAUGAUUACCGGAGACAAAUUGGGGUGGUUCCACAAGAGUGUAUCCUCUUCGACCGAUCGAUCAAAUACAAUCUCAGCUACGCCAAUUUAGAGGCGACCGAAGACGAGAUUGAACAUGCGACGAAGGCCGCACAAAUCGAUAAAAUGAUCGAAAAGAAGCCAAAAAAAUUGAAGACCAAUGUUGGCUACAGGGGAGCCAACUUGAGCGGCGGAGAGAAACAGAGAAUGGCCAUUGCCAGGACGAUUCUGAAGAAGACCAAGUAUCUGUUGAUGGACGAGGUAAGAGAAAGAUCAAAAUCUAGGACAUGCAAACUUUUCAUGGAUGAGGUAGGGACUUAGAGGACCGUUUUGUGACAGUGGUAGCCAAAUCUUGGUUGGUUUUUCUUAGGCUGUAGAGCUAAUAUGGACUAUAAACUUUUUCAAUUUCAGGCCACUUCCUCGCUGGAUACCGUAACCGAACGCCAAAUCCAAAAAGCCUUCGCCGAUCUAGCAAAAGACAGGACUUGUGUCAUUGUCGCUCAUCGUCUCUCCACCAUCGUCCAUGCCGAUAAUAUUGUCGUUCUCCAAGACGGACGGGUAUUAGAACAAGGAAAUCACAAACAAUUGCUGGAAAACAACGAGUUGUAUGCUAAAAUGUGGAACCUUCAGCUUGGAGGCGAUUUUGACCUGUAA